AUGUACUCAACACCCGGGCUCUUGUGGGUACCGCUUUUUGCCACUGUCUCGUUGAGUCAACCUGCAGGCUUGCAUGUUCGCGAUGAGAGUCGUAUCAUUAUCACAGACCCUGACACGGGCCGCUCGUUCGUGGCUGGGGGGACAAGCACCGAUCGAACAAUCUUCAAUACUGUCAGUUUGUUCUGUGCAAUAUUACUAGGUGUAUUGUUUGGACAAAGAGUAAAAACCCUCAAAAAUAAUAUCUUACGGAAACGCACCUUCACAUCCAUCCUCGUGCUUGUCCUCUUCAUCUUCGGCUUCGGCUUCGUCUUCUGCGCUACGGUUGUAGAGACAGGGCAGAACCUGCGCACUCACCAAUUAUGCUAUUCCGCGGCCAUGAUUUGCCUGGUCUUCUACACAGGCAACAAACUCACCAUAUACAUAUUUCUCCUCGAACGCGCCCGUGUUGUCCGCGCGCCCUUCUUCCCGCGCCGUAAAGACCACAUUUGGUUAGCGGGCAUGUUCAUCCUCCUGGGCGGCUUUGGUACCAUUGCCAUUAUCGGGUAUUUGUCGCCAACGGUCGAACUGAGCAAACUUGACGGUAAAUGCCGCAUUGGCCUCCCGUCAAAAGUUAGCUUCCCGCUGCUGUCGUUCGACGUCGGUGUGAAUUUCAUGUUGACGGGAUUGUUCUUCUGGUUGCUGAGCCCGGUGAUUGACCUCCGCAGCUUGUUGAGCGUGAAGGGGGUUUUUGGCAAUGGGAUCAAGAAGCAAGAGCAGAGUCAGACGCAAACUACGGAAGGCGCCGGGUUUGGUGGUCCAAUGAAUAACCACAUCAAGGUUUUGUUGUGGAAGAGUUUGACGGGGAGUGCGCUCGUCAUGUUCCCCACGGUUGCGAAUAUGGCGCAGUUUUACAUUAUGAAGGGGAGAGAACAGGCUUGGAUUUGUAUGACGCUCUGCGUGCUAGACAUCUCCUGGGGCAUUAUGGUGAUAAAUUGGCUCACAAUCGGUUCCAUUGAGGCAGAGAAGCAACUCACAACCCUCAUGACGCAGCGAUCCGUUGCACAGCGCGGCGGUACUCCGGACAAUGACGACUCCGAACUGCAAACUAGGUAUGAAUCGGACACGCAUGACUUGGGGAUAGCAGUGGAAGUGCCCGUUCAUUUCAAGCAAGCGAGUCUGAGGGACGAAGGCGGCUUGCUGGGAGAUGGAAACGCAACGCGAGAUGGUAUUCAGAGAAGGACGAGUAUAAGCAUUUCAUUCAGGAGCCAGCAGGGUGAGGAUGUAAAGGUGAUUAGUAUGGUGUAA